GCAGUUUUGGGUGCGUGUUUCGGCGAUUUACCCGUCAGCGCCGUCGCUGCCCCGCCAUGAGGAUGGAGGGGAAGAUGACGCGAGGUUGGACACGCCGGCUACGGGCUUUGCUUCAAAAGGACUUCAAGCCAGCGUGGUUUCUUUUCUCUUUGUCGUCUGUGUCUGUAUUCACUUGUCAAAGCUUCAUUGGCAUCACCAGCACACCAUGUCGUCUCCGUAUACUGUGAGGUGGGGUAUUCUGGCCACCGGCUGGAUUGCUGAGACCUUCACCAAGGAUCUCCUCACUAGCCCAGCUUCCCGUGAUGUCCAUGAUGUGCGCCAUGAGGUCGUUGCCGUGUCCUCGUCCAGCUCCAAGGAGAGAGCUGCCGAGUUCAUCAAGAAGGUGGAUGCUCCCAGCUCAGCAAAGGCCUAUGGUUCUUACCAUGAGCUGGUAGCUGACCCCGAUGUCGAUAUCAUCUAUGUUGCUACACCACACAGCCACCACUUCCAAAACGCCAUGCUUGCCCUCGAUGCCGGCAAGAAUGUGCUCUGCGAGAAGUCCUUGACUGUGACUGCUGCCCAGACCCGCAAGCUCAUCGAGACUGCUCGCUCAAAGAACCUCUUCUUCAUGGAGGCUGUGUGGACUCGCUACUUCCCCCUGAGCAUCAAGGUCAGGGAGUUGAUCACAUCCGGUGCCAUCGGCAACGUGUACCGUACUAUUGCCGACCUCUCUGUUGGCCGUGAUGCCCCCGAGGGCAAGAUUGACUUCCCCGAUGAGAACCGCAUGGUCAACGCCGACUUGGCCGGCGGUGCUCUCUUGGAUCUUGGCAUUUACGCCUUGACUUGGGUCUUCCAGUCUCUGUACCACACCCAGCCUGAAGCAGAGAAGGAAGCGCCCAAUGUCAUCGCUGCCGUCAACAAGUACCACACUGGUGCUGAUGAGACCACCAGCAUCAUCCUCCAGUUCCCCAAGCACAAGAGCCACGGUAUCGCUCUGACCUCUCUUCGGGUGGCCUCUGAACCUGACAACAAGGACACCGCCGGUGCCUCCAUCCGCAUCCAGGGCGGCCUUGGUGAAAUUCAGGUCGUUGGGCCUGCCUACCGCCCACGUCAGCUGAGAGUCAUCACCAAGGAGAGCGAUGGCAAGGCCGAGGUCAUUGACUUUGCCAUCCCCAAGGACAAGGAGCGUGACUGGGGCCACGGCAUGUUCUGGGAAGCUGACGAGGCCGCCCGCUGCCUGCGUGACGGGCAGAAGGAGAGCAAGACUCUGCCGUGGAGCGAGAGCAUUGUGAUCAUGGAGGUCAUGGACGAAACCCUGAAGCAGGGCGGUGUGACAUACCCCGAGUUGAUUUCGACUGACGUCUUUGACCCCCAAAGUCCUCUCAACACUGGAAAGAGGUAAAACCCCAAGAAAGAGAUUGGGGGUUGGGCUGGUAUCUCUGCUUUGUGCCUGAACUCACAGCCUUGCUGCUGGCGCAUUCUGGCGUCGGGCAGGCUUGUGGUAGGUCGUACGGGAAAGCUGUUGGAACUAGAGACUCGGCAUUAGGUCUUUGUCAUUCAACCCACCACGCGAGGCUAUGAUGCCCAAGGAUGGCAUACAGAAGAGGGAUGGGGGCGCGGGAUUUGGGCUCGGAAAAUUUAGCCCGAGCUUGGCGCAGCCGGGCUUGGUUUAUCUACCAACCAGAGGUCUGUGUAGUCCAAAUGUACCUUUUACCAAUUCACCCCCUGCCGUCUUUUUUCUGUGAAA